AUGUUGCGUCAAUUUGCACGUUGCGCAGCCCAGCGCAAUGCAGCUCCCAGCGCCUCAAAAGCUUCAAAGCUGUUUGCUCCGCUCUCUGUGCGAUUCGCUUCCACGACUACAGAGUCAGGAGCAGUGGACAAGGUGUACGCAUCGGCCGCUCAAGCAGUAGGCGACAUUCGACCCGGUUCCAUCGUCCUCUCUUCCGGCUUCGGUCUCUGCGGUACGCCCGACACGCUCAUCGGCGCCAUUUCACAAAACCCAGCGAUCAAGGAUCUGACGUGCGUGAGCAACAAUGCGGGGGUUGGAGAAAAGGGAUUGGGAAAGUUGUUGCAUACGGGUCAGGUCAAGAGUAUGAUUAGCAGUUUUAUUGGUAGCAACAAGUUCUUCGAAGCCGCUUAUCUGGCCGGCAAGGUGGGAUUGCAACUCACACCUCAGGGCACCAUGGUGGAGAGGGUGAGAGCUGGCGCGUUUGGUAUACCAGCUUUCUACACCCCCACUGGUUUCGGCACGGCUGUGCAAACGGGAGAAUUGGUCAGCUACUACGAGCCGAGGGAAGAGGGGGACAAGAGCGCUCCAAAGCCCAAAGAGUUUGCCAAGCCUAGAGAGACGCGCACUUUCAAUGGCAGAGGUUACGUGCUCGAAGAAGCCAUCCACGCCGAUGUGGCGCUCGUGCACGUGUGGAAGGCGGACAAGAUGGGCAACUGCAUGUUCAGGUGAGCGAAAGUGUAGGCGCGUGCCAUGCUUGCUUGCCCCUUCGCGCUGACAUCUACUGGACGACGACUGUGCGCGCGCCGGGCAGGUACGCCGCAUCCAACUUUGGCGCAGCAUUUGCAAAGAAUGCAAAGCUGACCAUCGUCGAAGUGAGUCAGUCCGAAUCAACGAUGCCGCGGCGCGAUGAAGCUCUGUGCGGACAAACUUGAAUUGACGACCUUCCGUCGGACCUCUCGAUGACAUCACGACGCAAGGCCGAGGAGAUUGUCGAAACUGGCCAACUGGAUCCCAACACCAUUCACCUCCCUUCAAUCUUUGUGAAUCGCAUUGUGAAGUCAACUGCACCAAAGGACAUCGAGGUGAUCACCAUUCGUGACGAGGUCAAGUCUUCCGCUUCGUCCGUCUCUUCCACCUCCUCGGGCUCAUCUGCAGCAUCUGACGAGAAGGCGGAAGCAAGAAGACGGCGAGAGAUCAUCGCAUCUCGAGCGGCCAAGGAGUUGCGACAUGGCGACUACGUGAAUCUGGGUGUGGGCAUGCCAGCUCUCGUGCCUUCCUUUUUGCCCGAAGGUGUGGACGUGGUCCUUCAUUCAGAAAAUGGUAUUCUGGGAAUGGGACCUUACCCGACCAAGGAAGAAUUGGAUGGCGAUCUGGUCAAUGCUGGAAAGGAGACGGUGACGCUUUUGCCAGGUGCUGCGACGUUUGAGAGCUCGGAAAGCUUCGGAAUGAUCAGGGGAGGUCAUGUGGAUGUUACCAUGCUUGGCGCUCUCCAAGUAGGCGCAAACGGUGAUCUGGCCAACUACAUGAUUCCAGGCAAACUCGUCAAGGUGAGCUGCCGGUCCGCCACGAAGCGUCUUGGUGUACCCUGACGCGAUUGUUGACGCGCUCCCACCGCAUCCUGUAGGGCAUGGGAGGAGCCAUGGACCUCGUAUCUUCGCCCGAUCACACCAAAGUCGUCGUCUUGACGGAUCACUGCGACAAGAAUGGCCGAUCGAAGAUUGUUAGCAAGACCAAAUUGCCCUUGACGGGCUCGCGAUGCGUCUCUAGAAUCAUCACCGAUCUUUGCGUCUUUGACGUCGACAGAUCCACAGAACAGGGAGGUUUGACCCUCAUCGAACUUCAAGAGGGAGUCACUGUUCAAGAGGUGAAGGACAAGACAGACUCGGAUUUCAAGGUUGCCAAGGGCGUCGAGUGA